GCCAUAUUCUGCAGAAAUGUAAACUGGCGCAUGUAAGACGUGAUCUAAUUAUUCUUUUUCACGUGUAUUGCGAAAAUUGUCAGCCAAGCGAUUUUCCGUAGGUACCCACAGAUCAAGAUAAAUUUUGCUGUGUUUGUUAUUUAUUAACGGUCAGGAUGCUGGCCCUGCUGAAGGGCGGACGGGCGGCGGCGACCGCCUCUGCGUCGCCGGUGGCGCGUGCCGCCGCCGGCCGGCUGCAGCCGCCGCUGAGUCAGACGGCCGCCGGCCGCAGCCAGCCGCUGGUCAGCAGCGCGGCGGCCGCCCAGCAGGUGCUGUCGCUGCACCGCCGGCUGCUGGCCAUGCUGCGCCAGCAGUCGCGCGCCCUGCUGCGGCUCUCCGUCAUCCAGUGCGAGUUCGUCAUCAUCUACAGAACUCGGCGUACCAUGCAGCUGUUCGAGCUCUACUCGGGUCUGUACAGCCGCGAGGCGCUGCGGGAGAUGCUACGCGCGGUACGCCGGCUGCUGGCCGCUCAGGGCCGCCGGCUGCUGCUGAGCGCCGCGCUGGUGGUCGGGACUGAGGCCACGCCGUCCCCACCGCCGGCCGACGGGCAGAAGGCGGAGACGGAGAAGGAGGCGGAGCAGGAACAGGAGACGGGAGGAGCUGACGGUGAUACCGAGGAUGCGGAUCAGCCGCCGCCUCCGGCACGGCACGGUUACGAGGGCGAGUUCGAGCGUUUUGCAAAACUUUGCAAAGAAAGCAUCAUUUGCCCCGAGUGCGGAAAACGUCAGGUGCUUGACAGACAGGUGGAGAAGAUCGCCUACUGCGCCUGCGCCAACGGCGGACCGACGGCGGCGGUGAACCGGGGUCCGGACGCCACCUGGGAGCCGUUCAUUGAGCGUAAUCACGUGGUGGUGUGGCGUCAGCGUCACGGUCAACAAGACCACCUCUACUCGUACAAAGUGUACGGUACCUAUGACGAUGUGACGGCCGAGUCGUUCUUCGAGGUGCAGCUGAACACAGAGUACCGCACCCAGUGGGACCCGAGCGUGAUGGAGCUGCGCGUGGUCGACCCGAAACCGGGCGACGACGGCGACGUCAUCUACUGGCAGGUCAAGUUUCCGACCAUGUUCCAGAACCGGGACUACGUGUUCGACCGCUCGUACCACGUGGACCGUCGAGCGCGCCAGAUGACCAUCGUAUCGCGCUGCGCCGCCCGUGACGACUGUCCCGAGCGUCCCGGCGUGGUGCGCGUCAACAACUACUGGUCGGUCAUGGUCAUACGACCGCACACCAACUUCGAUCAGCCUGGAAUGGACUUUGGUCUGACGUACUUUGACGAUCCGGGCACGUACCUACCGCCGGUCAUUACCAACUACGUGGCCGCCACGGGUCUGCCGAAUUUCCUGGAGCGUGUGGCGGACGCCGCGCGGACGGUACACCGUCAGAUGGUCUCGGGUCAGGUGACGGUACCCCUGCAGUUCCUGGAGAGACCGCCCUCCGAGGGCCCGGCCGCCAGCGCCGCCGCCCCGCCUCCACAGCAGCAGCGGGCGGCCACCGGCCGGGCCGAGUUCACCUCCUACAGCGCCCGAGCCGACUUUGUGCCGGUGGGGGCCGCCUGACAGCGACCGGAACGGGAACAGACUGAGGGGGCGGGCCGGACCGAGUCGUGAGACAGCGAGAGCCGAGUCUAGCCGGGCCCUGAGAGAGCUGAAACUGAGCCGGGUUGUAUCCUGAGGCAGCCUGAGCAGCACGUCGGCCCCUCGUGGCCGUGGUGAACCCGCAGGACCCGUGGGUGCGGUGUGACCCGGCGUCUGAGCAACCGACAAGAUCUGACUUGUUACCCACACAAUACGGAUCGAUCAGAAAACGAGACCCAUUGUACCGUAUUAGCAUAUACCAAUGUUAUCGAACUCACUAUGUGAGAACUGACCAUUAUCAUCGCAGCUCUGAGCUUGGCUUGGAUGGUUAUCCGUGAGAUGUAAUUAGAAGGUGUAUGACCAACGUCUGUUUGUUAUGGGGCGAUGCAUCUGAAGUAUGUAUCUGCAAUCGUAAGCAUGUGAAGUAUGAAUGGAUUUCGAUCUUUUCCAGCUGUGACUGGUGAUUCUGAGUAGCUGCGAUUGCGUACUAACUCCUGACAGUGUGCGUGAGCGUUUUGUAAUCAGUUUAGGAGUUCUCGCUUGGCUUUAGUCAGUCGUGUGAUAUGGUUUGUCGUGUACGCGUAUCAGGAGUUUUCGAAUGUGUCUCCAGUCAGCCUACAUAUUCGCAUUGUUGCGCAGUCAAGUCAGUGAGUCAAGAGAAGUAAACUGUGAACGCCCGGGCCGUCGGCAGUUCCUGCAUUAGAUAACGAAGCGCUCCUAGCCUGGGAGUGUUUGGACCUCAGACGCAAGUCAAUGCCACUGUAUGGCUAAUACCUCCGCGGCUCUCGGCCCGUGGCCUGCCCACAUUGUGAUACCAUUUAGCCAGUCUCCGUUAGCCGCCCCCUACUGACAAAUUUGUUGCUCAGCGGCGGUAGCGCCGUGAAGACUUCAUUCGGAAGAGCCGAGUCAGUGCGGUCAGAAAGAGUGGGUGGAUCAGUCAUCCAUGUUACUGGCGUCUAACGUUUGUAGCAGACAGAAUGCAAUGACCGAGCGAGGUCGCGAACUGUGCGGCAGCGAUGACUGGUCCAUUGGCCAUCGCGCCGCCGUUCACGGCCGAGUGUAGGGACUAUAGUGUGUGUGCGUCCGUAUCUGCAGCUGUGGAAUGGCCCGGUCGGUGCCCUCAUGCGUGUGCUACAGACUCACAUUACGGCGUAGCGAUAUGAAUGGCAGUCACCAGGAGUGUUCAUUUUAAAUGUCAUCCGGGCCACAGUGUAACUUCUUGCCAGUUAUUAGAACGUGGCACGUUUUGGAAUAUAUAUUUGAAACGCCAA